AUGUUACAUGCAAAACCAAAGACAACAUCACCAUAAGUACUUUUUUAGGAUUUGAAGAGCAAGAAAUCCUCUACUUCUUUCAAUCCUAUUAACACACUUUUUGGAAAUUAAUAAACUGUCAAUCUCCCUAGCAAUUUAUGUAUCUAAUCAUAAUACAUUUUAGCAAUUCCAUUAUAUAGAGGACAUUUUGUUAAUUUUCAUCAUGAACAGAUAAGAAUUAAUGAUAAUUGUUCUUUAAGUGGCAUAUAAGAUGGCUUUCUAUACUUUGUGGUAAAUGAGAAAACUUUAUUAUUCUAUUUCUAUUCACCUUAACAAGAAGACCUUAAUUAUUAUUACAAUACUGUAAACAUAUCUAUUUGAUUGUAGGAUGAGAAAAAGUAUAAAUUUCCAAUUAGAGUCAAAGAACAAUAGUUUAAUCACUUAGAGUAUAUUACAGCCGUUGGAUUUUAACAAUUAAAUGAUGUAUGGACAAUGGCAAUUGCUUCUGAAUUCAAAAUAUUUUUGUAUACAUUUACAGCAGAUUUGGAAAAUUUUAAAAUGCUAAAACAGGCAUUCAAUGUUAAUGGAGAAAUAGUUAAUUAAAUCAUCUUUUAUUAAGAAAAUUUAAUCUAUGGAGGAAGUUCAGGUACUCUCACAUGUAAAUCAAUUGAUUCAGCAUAAAACUACACUACUUAAUUCAAAGAAAAAAUAAAGAAACAAUUCAAUAGAAUUUUCAAAGAUUUAACUCCUUGGUCCUCAUAAUAAGGAUUAAUCUAAUUAGAAAUACAAGAAGAAUUUAAUAUUUGUUAUGGUUUAUUUGAAAAACUUGAUAAAGAUGAAAAUGUUGAAGAUACGUUUAUAACAAUUUAUGAUAUUGGACUUUAAGGAGAACUAUUUUAAGAAAUAAUCACUAUAAAAUAAUCUUAACUUUACAAUUCUAAUGUAGAAUGCAAAACUUAAUUUGAUUAUCAAAAUUUGUAAUUUUAUCAUGUGUUUUUUGAAAGGCAAUACUAAACUAAUAAGAUCGUACUAAUUAUAACAACUAAAGACUAAUUACAAUUUCAUUUAUUAUUUGAAUUAUAAGAUAGAUCUAUCGAUGAAAUUAAAUAAUACUAAUCAACUGUUUAGAAUUUAAAUGUUACUCAAUAAUAAUAUAUAAAACUAAAGCCUGAAUUUUAGAUCAUUUAAAGAAAGAAUCCCUAUAUGAAAAUCGAUACCGAUAUCCCAUAUGGAGUAUGUUUAGAUGAAAGUAGAAUAUAAUACAAACAAAAAGAGAUGUUAACAAUUUAAUAAAAUUAAAUUCUGAAGUAUGUAUAUAAAGAGGAUUAAUUGUCAUUAUUUCAUUUAGAUAAUUAUAUCAUUGCGUAAUUUCUAGAUAUGGCCCAUAUCCAAUAUUUUAGAAGUUUAGAAUAAUAAAUUUCUAAAUACAAUGCUUAUAACUAAAUAUAAUAUUCUAUAUAUAGGGAUACAUCAAAAGAAGCAAUUGAAAAAAUCGAACUUCAUGGUCAAAAAGGUCAUGAUAUUCCUAAAAACAUUUACAAUAUUGGUAAAAUGACUGUAAAUCGAUUAUUUAAUCACACUGAUAUUAAUGAAUCUUAGCUGUAUAAUCUACCUGAACAUUAUGUAUGUAUUGCUGAUCAUACAAUCGAAUUUAUCGUUAGAAUGAGACCUAUUGAUUGCUUCUUUACAGCCAUCAAAGUUACACAUUAUGAUUUUAUUGAUUAAGUUGAUGCAGAUUUUCCACUUGAAAAAUUAAUAAGAGCAUAUGGAAUUGAGGAAAGCUGUGCUUAAAUAUUGCAAAUUAUUAUUCAAGAAGAAUAGAACUUUUAUAUAAAUGUUGAACUUUAACACUAAUUUUAAUUAGAUUUAUAAAAAGCAUACUAAAGAAUACAUUAUUCAGAAAAUAUUUAAAAGUUUUUUGAUGAUAAUGAAAAAAUACCUAUUUGGGUUACAGGUCAACUUUAUGUUCGUAAAGGAUCUAUAAUCAAAGAAAAAGCACUAAAAGCUUAUUUUGCUUUAAUAAAACGUUCAUUAGUUAAUGAAGAAAGAAAUUAAAAAUCAAAAAAAGUGUCAAGCACAACUUAAUUAAUUUGGAAAAUACUUGCUCCAUUAACUACUAAAAAAUUUAUUAAUCAAAAGGUUUAUAAUUUAGAAUGUAAUAAACCUAUUGAAAGUUAUUCAAUCUAAUAAUUACAAACUGUAUUUAGAUAAAUUGAAAAACUAAUUAAAUUAUUUGAAAAUGAACCCAACUAUUAUUAAAAAGUUAAAAAUUAAAGAAAUGAUUUAUAAGUUGAAGAAUAAAAUCAAUUUUAAAAUUAUAAAAAUGGAUUCAGUAAAUAUAUUUAUGAAACUUUUGAAUAAAGUACAAGAUUAGACAUUUCAAGAAGUACAAACUAUUCUGAUUAAUCAUUAGCUGUUAGUGUAAAUGUGGAUAUUGAACAUGUAAAUAAUAUUAUCUAUUUUAGACUUAAAUGAAAGUACUCUAUUCUUAUUGUAUAUAAAUCAAAUAAUUAUUGUAAUUUUUUAUUUACUUUUUUGGAGAAUUAUAAGGUAUCAGAAAUAUAAUUAACAGUUAUUAAAAUAAAGAUUAAAUAUUUGAUUUAUCAAUCAAAAGUAUACUUAGUGGUGAUAAUGUUGGUAAUUUAGCAUUAAAGCAAUUAAUGAUACAUAUUAUUAAGAGUGAUAAAACCAAAUUCAGAGAUACUGCAUUAUAUAUGUUACAUCAUUUUCCUGAAUUCUUUACUAAUUAAGAUUUUAAAAUCAGUCUUGUAUAAAAUCUAUUUGAUGAAAUUUUAACAUUUUCUGCUCAAAAAAGUAAGUUUUCUAAUUGAUUAAAUAGAUUUAAUAAAACUUAAUCCAAAUGAAUAGAUCCAUGAAAAAAUAAAAAGAAUCUUAAAACUUUCCAAGACUCCGUAAAUUACAAUUGAUAAAGUUCUUGAAAAGAGAGAAAUCUUUCUUUAUUAUAAAGAUUUAUAACCAGAAUUAUAAGAUUAAUUACUUGAGGCUUUGAAAUUAAUUGACGAAGUAGCUGUUUUCAUUUCUCAUUCUUAUUUAACUCAAUGUUUUAAGAAUUAUAUGUAUCCCUUUGCUACUUUCAAAUUCUACGUUUAAUAUUUAGCCUAGAAAUGCUAAUUAUAAGAAAAAGAUUAAUAAAAUGAUGAAUAUUGCAAUUGUGUUAUAGAUUUAAUUCAGUAAUUUAAAGAUUUAAUUGAAUACUACAUCUAACCACCAAAAGGCUUAAAUAAAGCUUAAACAAAAGAAAUUCUAGUCGAGUCAUUGUAAUUAUUAAAUUAAUUUCAACUUAUCAAAGCAACUGAAGCAAUUGCUAAUUAUUUUAUAAAAAAAUAAUUAAAAGAAUUCAUUUAAUACAUUGAUUAUAAUCAAGAGAUGGAUUUAUAAUGUAAUAAUGAUUUAGAGAAAUUACAAAUGUAAAAGAAAUAAUUCAUAGUUAAAGCUGUGAAAGGUAAUCAUGAAGUAUAUCCAUAAUUAAUUUAAAUCUUGUUAAAAUUAGCAUAAUUUUCUUUAAGUUAGUGUCCAGAGAUGAAUUUGGAAGAAAUUCAAAUGAAAUUGCCAAUCAAAAAAAGAUUAAGAUAUGUAAACAAAGCUUAAGAGUUUAUAAGAACUUUCUAAAAAAAUGUCCAAGGAAUCGAUAUUGAUGAGAUAGAAAAGUAAGCAUCUGAUCUGAGUAAAUAACUUUUUUUUUAAGAUAUUAUGUAUGAUUUUGUAAUAUCUAAUGAAGAUGAAAAUCAAAGUAAAAAAUUUGAAAUUAAAUUUUUAGGUUAUCAUACAGAAAAAAGAAAAAUUCUUAUUGAUAUUUUGGAUACAAAAAUUAUUCUUCAAUUCUUUGAAGAUAAUAAUAUUUACUUUGGUUAAUUAUUAUGUCUAGAUUAUAUGGAACAUUCUUAAGGAAUAUAAUUAUGUACUCCAGAGAAAGUUGAAUAGUUAUGGGUCAAUUUUAUAAAAAGUAAUUAUGAAGAAUGUAAUGAAUGGCCUACAGAUGUAUUAAAACGAUAAGUAUAAAAAUAGAAUUAAAAUUUAGAUGAAAUUAGUAUUUGAAAAUCUAAUCAAUAGCAAUAAAUAUAUUUAAUUGCCAAAAAUGACAGAAACAGUAGAAUUGAUUAAUACUAAGGAAUGUCAAGAGUAGCAAAUCACUUAACUUUCCACUUGGUUAUUUUUUGAGAUUUUAUUAACUCAUGAUAUUAGAGAAAUUGAUUUGGUUAGGAUCUAUGUCAAACAUUAUUUAGAUCAUGUUUAAAUCUAAUUAAAUCCCUUAUUCCAAGAAUUAUAAAUUGAAAAAAUUCAUACUUACAAAUUGUAAUUAAUAUAAUAGAUUUUAAUUUUGUUUGAAGCACUUAAAAAACUAAAAUAAGAUUAGAAAUAAACAAGCCAAUUAAUAAAUUAAUUUAGAAAGGCUUUUGAAGUAAAUUAUUGAUUACUAUAAAUAGAAUGAUUAUUACAGUAUGAAUAAUGAUGAAUUAUAUGACGGAAAGGUUAUAGAAUAAAUAAAAAUAAGAAUCGAAUCAUUAUGA